UCUUCAGCCUUAUGACAUUUACACUCUCUCCCGUCGCCAACACGGAAGCAGCAUGGCGUCCGGCAGCGAUGGUGGCUCCGAAAGCCAACAAGUCGCUCAGCAGAGGUUAAGGAUAAUUGCAGGGCAUUUACGAGCACCGGCGGAUAGCAGUUCCGCCAUUGUAGCCGCCGAGUGCAAAGCCCAAGAGAGCGAGGCGGAUGCCGUCCAGCAAGAAAAGAGGACCAUACCGAAGAGGAGGCAGGAGAUCAUGAAGUGGAACGGUUGGGGCUACAGCGAUUCAAGGUUCCUCUUCAAUAAGAAAGGCCAAGCAGAAUUCACUGGCAAAAGAUAUAGAUUGAGUGGUAUGAUCAUCCCUGGCCUGAAAGACUGGUUUGAAAGCACAUUUGGAGCCAGUCUGCAGCACAAAACUCCGCCAACACCCCUCCUGAACAACAACGCCGUACAAGCUCCCACUCUUAACGAGCCCUUUGUGGACGAUUUGAAAUCCUCUGGUAUUCCCUUCUCUCACGAUGCAGAGGACCGCGUAUUUCGCAGCCACGGACAUUGCCUACAUGAGAUCUUUGCCAUGCGAGAAGGGAGAUUUGGUCGCCUUCCGGAUGUGGUGGUGUGGCCUCACUGCCACGAUGAUGUCGUCAAAGUUGUGGAACUGGCAUGCAAACACAACGUUUGCGUCAUACCAUACGGAGGAGGCACAAGUGUUUCCAGUGCUCUCGAGUGUCCUGCAGAUGAAGCUCGCUGUAUUGUCUCUCUGGAUACCUCUCAGAUGAACCGCAUUCUAUGGAUCGAUGAGAAAAAUUUAACUGCCCACUUGGAAGCCGGCAUCAUUGGUCAGGAUUUGGAGCGUCAGCUAAACGAGAGCGGCUACUGCACAGGCCACGAGCCGGACUCCAUGGAGUUCAGCUCAGUUGGGGGCUGGGUGGCAACCAGAGCAUCAGGCAUGAAGAAGAACAUCUACGGCAACAUUGAAGAUCUGGUUGUCCACGUGAAGAUGGUGACUCCACGCGGGGUGAUUGAAAAGAGCUGUCAAGGCCCCCGCAUGUCUACAGGGCCGGACGUUCACCAUUUCAUCAUGGGAUCUGAAGGCACCCUGGGCGUGGUCACAGAGGUGACGAUGAAGAUUCGACCCAUGCCAGAGUAUCAGAAAUACGGCUCGGUGGUGUUCCCCAACUUUGAGCAGGGUGUCGCUUGUCUUCGAGAAGUUGCCAAACAGAGGUGUGCUCCUGCAUCUAUUCGGCUCAUGGAUAAUGAGCAAUUUAAAUUUGGUCACGCCCUCAAGCCUCAAGUGUCCUCACUUUUCACCUCCUUUCUGGACGGCCUGAAGAAACUGUACAUCACCAAGUUCAAAGGCUUUGACCAGAAUCGCUUGUGCGUGGCCACCCUGCUGUUUGAGGGAGACCGAGAGAAGGUCCUGCAGCACGAGAAGCAAGUUUAUGACAUUGCCGCAAAGUUUGGAGGCCUGGCAGCUGGAGAGGACAAUGGUCAGAGGGGCUACAUGUUGACCUUUGUCAUCGCUUACCUCCGGGACUUGGGGAUGGACUACUAUGUGAUAGGCGAGUCCUUUGAGACCUCUGUUCCUUGGGACAGGGUUUUGGACAUCUGCCGGAACGUCAAAGCUCGCAUCGUAGCAGAGUGUAAAGACAAAGGAGUCCAGUUUCCGCCACUGUCCACAUGCAGGGUGACUCAAACAUACGACGCCGGCGCUUGUGUCUACUUUUACUUCGCCUUCAACUACAGGGGCCUGGCUGAUCCGGUGCACGUGUAUGAACAAGUGGAGCACGCCGCUCGAGAGGAGAUCCUUGCCAACGGGGGCAGUUUAUCGCAUCAUCAUGGAGUUGGGAAACUUCGCAAGGAGUGGAUGAGACAAACCGUUUCCAGUGUGGGCCUGGGCAUGCUGCAGUCCGUCAAGGACUACGUCGACCCCGCCAACAUCUUCGGAAACAGGAACCUCCUCUAACCCCGCCCAUUCAUGCACACGCACACACACACACACACACACACACACACGCCCACUUUUCACACAGCCCCUCCAAAACCAUGCAAAGAGAUUCUAGAAUUUGAAAGGGACUCUUGUGUUGUCUUUCAUCGUUCAUGUGGUGCCAUCAUUUGCGCGCGCUCGCGGUUCGAGCCAGUACAAGAAGUGACGCAACACACGUCACAGAUCCGACACGUCAAGUCUAUUCACUCCAACUCACUUCUGCGGAAAGUCCUUUGAGCAUUUCUUCCAUAUCCUUGAUAUCCAGCCCGAGGGCCAUGUAUUAGUACGCACUUUGUUUUCGUUUCCUCCUACUCGUGCCACUUUUGGUGGACUCGUAGGACAUUUGCAUAUACGCAAUUAAGAUGUUUAAGUACUAGUACCCACUUUGCUGUAACUCAUAUUCAACGCACUAGUAGAAUGACUGUCUCACUCUUAAUGUUUUAUCCACUACUAGUGCUACUUUUGGCUAACUACUGCAACGUUACGCUGGAUAUCCUAAAUAUCCAGCUUCCACUAGUAGUACAGUAUUGUAUUACACGUAUUCCGUAUAUAGUUUAAGAUAUCGAUAUACCUGUACGCCGAAAUAUAACUACUUGUGUUGUAUUACUAACGUUUUUUUUUUCCAUUACUAGUGCCACUUUGGGCUGAUGAGAACUAGUCCAAGAAGUACCGCUUUUUUCUUUGUACUCACUAGUAAGCACACUUGGAGAAUGACGGUGUCUCACUAGUAACACCGCCCGGUCCACAUUCGACUAGUGCAGACUGGCGGAAUAACUAAUGCAUAUUCUUAGGACUUUGGCAAAAGUUUUUCCCCACUAGUAGGACAACGACAUGUUACCAGGGAGGCAGAACUGCACUAGUUGACAUCUAUGCACGAUUCAUGCCAAUAGUGAGGCAUAAGAUGUUUUGUUUGGGGGGGUGGGGGGGGGGGGGAUUUUAUGUCACAAGUAAACUGCAGUUUUGAACUGGUGCAUAGUAACGUGUGGUUGUCCUACUAGUAAAAACUAAAAGCAUAUCAGGACCUGCAUCUAAAGCUGGAUAUCCUUCUAGUGGGCUUCCACUAGUCUGAUGAAUUGUCUUCCUAGUGAGGACCAAGAGUGUACUAGUACCUUGACGUGGAUAUGGACCAAAUGUUUCAUCAAACGGCUUUCCGUAGAUGAGUCCAUCAUCAUCAUCAUCAUCUACGUCACUGAAGCUCUGUGCCUUUCGGAAAGCUUUUGUCUGCCUCGCCCACAAACUCAUGUACUUGGAUACUCUCCGAUGAUCCACUCGCAUAUGUUGUCCUUCCCUUUGUCAAGCAGCAAUGACUGUGUGAUUGUGUGUCGCACUGAUGACCCGUUGUCAUUUAAAAAAAAAAAAAAGGGGGGGUGUGAACGAAUUAACUAACACCUGCUCGGACCUUGACUUGACUUUUCACAAUAAUGUAUUUGUAUUUUUGUACCCAAAGCUCCCAAGAUGUGUUACUGACGAGUUAUUUUAAAUUCAAACUCAUUCAGUGCCGGCCAUUUUCAGACCCUCCUUUAGGCCCACCCCAUGAGGGGGAAUAUAUUGCCUGUGAUUGAAUGAGUUUUAAUAACGCUGACGUCAUGUAUUGCUCGCGUGCUACCAAAGACUCAAACACAUGCAAACUCCUUCGAACAUUUUUAGUGGUUUGUAAGCGUUUCCGGUGUAUUGCUUUGCGUUUCUUCAAAGGGACAGUCGUGAUUUGUCCUUUUCUUUGAAGCAGCUUUUAAACUCCUUUCCCCCACUGAAAUGCUAAAUCAUUAGGUACACAUCCGAUACACGGAUAGCAGCUAAAACGAUGCUCUUUUAAAUAUAAGAACGCUCGUUUGAUAUUUCUAGGGAUGCAACGAUACCGGUACCGCUACGUGGUAUUCUUAAAAAUGCUCCGAUACUAAAACACCGAUGCCAUGUGACCAGCCUGACAGAUACUUUCCGGGUAGAAGCCGUGCCAAUACAAAAAGUAAAAUAAAAUCCAAUUUCAUCACAAGUGCAAGAGGUAAUGGCAUCAAGUAUUCUGUCACAGGAAAUAUUCAAAUAUAAGCACUCAAUGUUAAAAAGAAAUUGUGCAUCCCUAGUUAGUGUAUUUCGCUGGGAAGUGUGAUUAAGCUGCUAUCAUGGUAACGAACUGGAAAUUCUGUCAAUUGGGCAUCAUCUUUGGAUUAAUUACUGUGUUUGGAUGUGAUUUGAGGAUGCAAGUGUACCUAAUGUUGUGUCCAGUUUAACUUGCCUUUGCCUCCCCAUUGCUGCUUGACCUCAAUUUAAAUGUUUUUUUUUUUAACGUGUCAACAAAUGUGUGCGCUUUUGAAUAUUUUAUGGAAUUCCUUUGUUAUUCUCUCCUGAUUAUACAAAGUACAAUAACAUCCAGUGUGCUUUGUCACCGCCUUUUUGUGCAAUAAAUUCAACUAAAACAAC